AUGGUUGUCGAAAAUUACAAAGAGAUUUCUAUUCUAUUGAAUGAUUUGUCCACGGACGUCAAUGAAUAUCAGAAACAGGAAAGACAAGUUAACUUUAAUGAAUUCGACAAGACUGAAGCAUCAACAGACAUUUAUAAUAAUAGUUGGUGGUACGGAUUUAUUCGUCUAAUAGUGUCAUUGCCGUAUCCGACAGAUUCCUGCCGUAGACUUGUUGAAUUCUUGAAAAUUUAUUACGAAGAAAAGACAUCCGAACUUCGUAUACUAUCUGAAUUCGAAACAACGUAUAGAUCAAAUCAAGCUGUAUGGUGGUAUACACGUCCGACAUUUUUGUACAAUCUAUUAAAUCAAAGUCUUCGUCAACAUAAUAUUCACAUGACAUUUCUUUUCGGUUUUUUUAUUCAAGAUCUAUCUCGUCAGUUGAAAAAGGAAUUCGAUGCAUAUAAAUCAGCAACACUUAUCGAGCAUCAUCCAAUUACACACUCAUAUCGUGGACAAAUAAUGCAUAUUGAUGAAGUAAAAAAACUCCGACCUACCGUGUAA